CUUUCACGAAAAAUAAUUUCAUCUGCCCACUGAGCAGAGGGGUGAGCAGGGUGAGCAUGGAGAACACGCUUUCCCCACGGUGCGUCAACGACGCUCUUUGCCCCCUUCUCCCCCCCCUGCCAAAAUGGCGCCUCGACUGCCUCCAUCCAAGCUGGAGAUGAUUCGUGACAUGAUACACAGCGGAUCCCUGACUAUAGCACGGAUGGCCGAUGCUGCUGAGUGUAGCGAGCGCUCGAUCAUCAAUAUUCGUAAUAAUCUUCGCCAUUUCGGGAAUGUCAGAGCUCCGUUAACUCGCGUCGGCCGGCGACGAAGCACCACGCCUCUAAUGAUCCAGACCUUGUGUGACCAUCUCCUUGAGAAGCCUGGGUUAUAUGUAGAUGAGAUGGUGCUUUUCCUCUGGGAUGAGUUCCGUGUUUGGGUGACAAGCUCGAGUCUCAAGCGGGCUCUUGCUUCGGUCGGAUGGUCGAAAAAGGUAGCUCGACAGAGAGUAAAGGAACAAAACGCUGAUUUGCGAGAUUUCUACCUACACAACCUAUCUGACUUCAAGUCGUAUCAUCUGGUGUAUGUGGAUGAGUCUGGAUGCGAUAAACGAAUCGGUUUCAGACGCACCGGCUGGUCUCCGCUGGGCUUGACGCCAUUGCAAGUAUUCAAAUUCCAUCGUGACCAGCGAUGGCAGAUCUUGCCAGCAUACGCACAAGACGGUGUUGUCCUGUCACGAGUAUUCCAAGGCUCGACUGAUGCGGCCGUGUUCGAGGAUUUCAUUCAGCAGCUUCUCAAGCACUGUGGGAAAUGGCCUGAACCGAAGUCUGUGAUUGUCAUGGACAACGCCUCUUUUCACCACUCUGACCGAAUCAAGGAAAUGUGCGCAGAUGCUGGCGUGAAACUGCUUUAUCUGCCGCCUUACUCACCUGAUCUGAAUCCUAUAGAGGAGUUUUUCUCCGAGCGGAAGGCAUACAUUCGGCGCCACUGGCAAAAGUAUGAACAAAGCCCCGAUCAAGGAUUCGAUACAUUCCUCGAGGGGUGUGUUGACGCUGUCGGGUCUCGACAACGGAGUGCAAUCGGCCAUUUCCGGCAUUCUGGAGUCGUUGUUGAAAAUUAUCAUUGAGUAAUACUCGACAUGGUACUGUACUUGAUAACUACCUGAGGAUUUGGGGCAGUAGAGCUGGUAUUAUCUUCAUAUAGCACUGAAUCACAUCAACGCGAUCGGGGGCGAUUGAACACGAAAUCUAC